CUUCUUAGUUCUCCUCCUCUUAUUUCUGUGUCUCUCUUCUUUCUCUUUGCAACCCAUUAAUUUCUCAUCUUAAUUUCCGUACUUCUCUCCAGCAGAUUAAAACUAAAAAUGGCAGGAGUGACUACUUUUCUGCCAUUGAUUCUCUCUCUUCUUUUCUUGCUUCUCAAUGUUGGUAAUGGGGUUCACUGUUUUGAGGAGAAGAAAGUGUUCAACUUGAAGAAGUUUCAAUGGAGAGGCCCGAGCAAUGUCCCAAGCUGUCAACCACAGAAAUCAAGAAAAGAGAACGGUGCAACGAUACUGGAAAUGAAGCACUGGGAUUACUGCUCGGCCGGACUGGCCAAAGACUUGGAGCAAAAGCUUCAGAAGCGGUUGGUUGCGGAUGACUCGCGAGUUCGGUCACUGCAAUCCCAAAUCCGAAGAGCAGCUUUUAUAAGGACUGAAGGCCUUUCUGCAGCUCAACUCCCUCUGACAUCUGGCAUAAAACUUCAGACUCUAAACUACAUCGUCACUGUGGAACUGGGUAGUAAGAACAUGACAGUCAUCGUAGACACAGGAAGCGAUCUCACAUGGAUCCAGUGCGAUCCCUGCAAAUCAUGCUAUAGCCAACAAGACCCAAUCUUCAAGCCUGCUAUCUCCCCUUCGUAUCGAUCAGUUUUGUGUAACACAUCCACCUGCCAGUCUCUGAAAUUAGCCACCGGAAAUUCAGGUGUGUGCGGGUUUGACCAAAUGACCUGCAACUAUGUUGUCAGCUAUGGCGACGGGUCCUACACUCGAGGUGAGCUAGGCCGAGAGCGACUUGAUCUUGGUGGCGUUGUUGUGGAGGAUUUUGUCUUUGGCUGUGGUCGAAACAACAAAGGUCUCUUUGGUGGAGCUUCUGGUCUCAUGGGUUUAGGCAGGACCGAGCUCUCCCUGGUUUCUCAAACUCGCAGUAAAUUUGGCGGAGUUUUCUCCUACUGCUUACCUUCAACGGAAGGAGAUGUUUCUGGUUCACUUACUCUGGGUGGAGAUUCCUCUGUUUACAAGAAUUCUACUCCCAUUUCCUAUACAAAAAUGAUUCCAAACCCACAGUUCUCCAAUUUUUAUUUUCUUAACCUCACUGGUAUUAGCAUCGGUGGGGUAGCCUUGGAAGCUUCAGGCUUUGCAAGAGCUGGGAUGCUCAUUGAUUCUGGAACUGUUAUUACACGGCUUGUGCCAUCUGUUUACAAGGCUGUGAGAACUGAGUUCCUGAAACAGUUUUCUGGGUUCCCUUCAGCUCCAGGUUUUUCAAUUUUGAAUACAUGCUUUAACCUCAGUGGGUUUGGAGAAGUGAACAUCCCCACAAUGAAGAUGCAUUUUGAAGGUGAUGUUCAGGUGAAUGUGGAUGUUUCAGGGAUGUUUUAUUUUGCUAAACUUGAUGCUUCUCAGGUCUGUCUAGCUGUGGCUAGCCUUACCUAUGAAGACGAGAUUGGGAUUAUUGGGAACUAUCAGCAGAAGAAUCUGAGAGUUGUUUAUGACAAUGAACAGACAAGGUUGGGAUUUGCAGAAGAGAUUUGCAGUUUUACUUAAGAGAGAAACUGAAAGGAAUGGGAAUAUAUAUAGUUGUGAAUAUAUUUAUCCUGCUGAGACAAAAUCAAUGUGUACUUGGCAAUCAGGUCCAUGGGCAAAUGCAUCAAAGCAUGGUUGCCUUUAAAUCAUUAACCAGAUUCCUUGGUUGAUAUUACUCUAAAUUACCAUGGAAGGGAUAAUAUUGUUAAACUGUUAUUAGCUCAUAUUGUUUUUCAUCAAUUAUUAUGGAGAGAGGGAGGUAUAAUUCAUUGUAUGUGUGUUUGGUGACAUUUGAAUUUAUAUUGUUUUACUUAUGUAAUGUAGAUAUGAAAACUGAAGGAUUCAGUUAGGUUCUCUGAAUUAUUUCAGAGGAAAGAGUUUAUUCAAGAAAGUCAUGUUUGGCAGGGACCACUGGUCUGUGGUAGUGAGGAUUCAUUGAGAAUACACAUCUAGGAAAUGAUUUGUUUUC